AUGAGACCCUCAGUCUGCGCAGGCGGCGAUAUUGCUCCUCUAACGAUGCGUAUUCCGAUGCUGAUUGCUGUGUGCUCUCGACGCCGUGCAGUUAAGGGUAUUUCCUCUCAAGAGGAUGGCACGAAAUCUCGUGUGUUGGAUCCCAUGCUACAGAGACCAAAGGACGUUUAA